CAGGUACUGCCGCGACCACCCGCACGCGCUCCCAGCCCCCAAUAGUGCGUCACAAAGCGCCGCAGACCGCUGCCCUUAUCAGAGCAAAGCGCUGCGCCUGGGAUAGAAACCGGGGGCAUUGUCGCAUUGUUCCAUUACCCUGCAAACAGACAAAUGGCGAUCCGGCCGGCUUCUCUUUUAUUGCCAUCGCUUGUCACAGCAGCUGAGAGGCAAUCUUGUAAAGUUUUAAAGGGGAGUCCAAAUAAAAGUAGUCUAAGACACUUGGCGUCCUGUGGCAUCCCGGCCGCGCGACAGACCGCCACCCACCCCGGCUCCCCUGGCCCCCCCGGCACGCCCACUCGCGGCUUUAUCAGCCUCGCCGCCCCACUCGUGGCGCGGAAGGUGCAGUAUGCAGAGAGCCGGACGCUCGGAUACACCCCCGAGCAGAUGUAUGAUGUGGUGGCCUGCGUGGACCAAUACCAGCAUUUCGUUCCAUGGUGCAAAAAAUCGAGGGUCACGGCGGCGCGUAACGGCCACAUGCGGGCACAGCUGGAAAUCGGCUUCCCCCCCAUGGUGGAGCGGUACACCUCCGAAGUCACACUGGUGCCCAACCACAUGAUCAGGGCGGUGUGUACGGACACCUCCCUCUUCCACCACCUUGAGACGGCGUGGAGUUUCAGGCCCGGAGCCCCGAAACAGCCCUGUCCAUGCAGAGUGGAUUUUUAUGUGUCUUUUGAGUUCAAAUCCCUGCUGCACUGUCAGCUGUCGACGUUGUUCUUCAACGAGGUGGUGAAGCAGAUGAUCUACGCUUUCGAGAGCCGGGCGCUGGAGUUAUACGGGCACAGCGGCCCGAUCCAGGAGGUGCCAGUUAGAAGCAGAAGCUGUGAACACUCUGCCGUCCCCGAAAUGUCUCCGUCCUCCUAAGAGGACAGACCCCCCCCCCCCCCCCUUUUCGUGUCCACCUGUGGUCACUGCGAAGGAGAAGCUUCUUCGGUUUUUAAUUCGUCCACAUUCUCUGUUGGACCUUAACUGCGAGAAUUUAAUGUUUUAUUUAUUUUAAGAGAUUUUUAAAAAUGUUUAAAGUUUUAUAUGAGUAUUUGAACAAACUAUGUAACCUUUCUAGUUUUGUUUGUAUGUGUGUAUGUAUGGGUAGGAGCUAGAGAAUGGAAUACAUCAAGUAUUAUAAGUCAUUAAAAUUA